AUGCAGAGAAGGUCAUGUUUAUACCAACCUCACAAAUGUGAGGUUCAUGCAUUCGGGGUGCACAUUGACUCUGUGUAUAUUGGUCCAUCAAUGACUAAAGCUGAAAUGAGAAAGCUUUUGGGAAUAGUCAUUUACAUGUCUGUUGUUCACCUGCCUGGCAGGAGAGAUUAUUGGUCUGCUGCUACAAGACAGGAAUUUGUUGCAGAUGCAAUGCCUCUCAACAGAUUUGAAGAAAUUCUGUCACUAUUGCAUGCCACAGAUAAUGCACUGAUAAAGAAAAAAGGUGAACCUGGUUACGAUAGGUUACACAAGGUACGCCCCCUUCUGAAUAACUUGAAUAAAAACUUCGCGAAAUGUGCAGAACCUGAACACAUGUCAGUUGACGAACAUAUUGUUCCAUUCAAAGGUCAUUAUAACUUGAAAGUUUACAUGGAGAAAAAAACAAACAAAUGGGGGUACAAAAUCUGGGGCUCAGCUGGUGCAUCUGGGUAUAUCCAUAAGUUCUAUGUACAGGGCGAUAACCUUGUUGAGGACCUGAAGAAAAGAGGGUUUCAUGUCACAUGCACAGUGCGUCAAAACAGGCGGCGGCAGUGUCCAACCCUUACUAAAAAGUUCGAGAAGAAAGGUAGGGGAUCAUACGACUAUAGGUCGGCUGAAGGGGUCUUGGUUUGUUCUUGGUAUGACAACAAGAUCGUGAAUGUUGCUUCUAACAAGUGCUCUGUCAAACCAACUGCAGAAGUCCGCAGAUAUGAAAAGAAAACGAAGGCCUGUGUGAAUAUCGAGUGCCCUGCCCUCAUCAAAGCAUACAACAAAUGCAUGGGGGGUGUUGACAAGUGCGACAUGAUGCUUUCCUUGUACCCCAUCAAAAUGAAGAGCAGAAAAUGGUACAGGCGCCUGAUUUUUCACAUGAUUGACUUGGCAAUUGCCAAUGCAUGGCAUCUUCAGAAGGCAGUGAAGGGCACCUCAUCCAAGUACUACAAGUUCAAACUUGCCAUUGCUGAAUGCCUAGUCCAAGGUGCAUUAGAGCCACACCCUAUGCAGAGAGAUGAAAUGCCAAAUCUUCCACGAGAUGUUCCAAGUGCAAAGCAUGUUCCAAACCAUGUUCGUUUCGAUGGCAUCAACCACUUGCCCAAACAAAUGGCAAAGGUUCCAAAGAAUUGCAAGUUCCCAAACUGCCAGCGCCGCACACGGUUUUUCUGUAUGAAAUGCAAAGUUUACCUUUGCAUUGACGGUAAAAGUGACUGCUUCUACAACUAUCAUCUGACUGAUUAG